UCCCACUGCUUUUCACUCAUGCUUUCUAUCCCGGAAUCACAACCCAAUUAUAUAUGGCUUCAUCAUACUUUUUAUCCUCGUUCAUAUUUCUUGAGCUGGCCCUAGUAGUGAUCUUAUUUCUCAGUCCUGCAUUUUCCACGCCAAGAAGAGCUCUUGAUCAGCGCCAAACUGUACUACAAUCUGGAUUCAGGGUCUCACUUAAACAUGUUGAUUCUGGGAAAAACCUCACCAAGUUUCAACGUAUCCAACGGGGAGUUGAACGUGGGCGAUACAGGUUGCAAAGGCUUUGUGCAAUGGCCUCCGCAACCAUAUCAGAUUCUCAGGUUGACGGCCCAAUUCGUGCAGGGAAUGGGGAGUUUCUGAUGGACUUAUCUAUCGGUACACCACCGGUGAGCUUCUCUGCCAUCAUUGAUUCCGGCAGCGAUUUAAUAUGGACACAAUGCAAGCCUUGCCAACAGUGUUAUCACCAGCCCACACCAAUUUUCGAUCCGGAAAAAUCAUCUUCUUUCUCUAAGAUGUCAUGUGAAAACCAUCUAUGCAACGCACUACCCUCGCCAACAUGCGAAGGUGAUGUUUGCCAGUAUUACUAUGAGUAUGGUGACGAUUCCACGACCGAAGGUGUCAUGGCGACAGAAACCUUCACGUUCGGGAACUCCAAGACUAGCAAGGUUUCGAUUACCAAUAUUGGGUUUGGUUGUGGGAACGAUAACUUCGGAAAUGGGUUGGACCAAGGUGCAGGGCUUGUAGGGUUAGGGCGUGGAUCCUUAUCCCUGGUUUCUCAACUCAAGCAACCCAAAUUUUCAUACUGCUUAACUCCCUUUGACGACACCUCAUCUGGGACACUUUUGAUGGGAUCUCGUGCGGGCGCGAAUGGCGGCACAAAUGCAUCAAAUAUCAAAACAACACCUUUAAUAAAAAACCCAACACAGCCAACUUUUUAUUAUCUCUCGCUUGAAGGGAUCUCUGUUGGAAACACUUUUGUGCCCGUCAUUAGCGAUUUCGAAAAAGAUGGCAGUGGCGGCGUGAUCAUAGAUUGUGGGACGACACUUACAUACAUGUUUCGUUCUGUUUUCGAUGGAGUAAAACAAGCGCUCAUUGCUCAAAUGGGACUUCCGGUUGACGAUUCUGGUGCCAGCGGGCUUGACCUAUGCUUUACCCUGCAAUCUACCGAAGAGCCGCCGGAGCCAAUUUUAAUCAAUUAUCCCAGAAUGGUUUUUCAUUUCAAAGGUUCUGAUUUGGAAUUGCCCCCCACAAAUUAUAUGGUCAGGGAUUCAGUUGAUAAGAUUUGCUUGGCCAUGGCAGACUCUGGUAUCUUGGGUAUGGGGGUCAUUGGCAAUAUUCAGCAGCAAAACUUUCUGGUGACCCAUGAUCUUGUGAAAGAAACCAUAUCGUUCGUUCCUACACAGUGUGAUCAACUUUGAC